AUGAAAAAGCCAACAGUUCCAACGAAUGAUUAUCCAUCAAUGUUAAGCUUAUAUAAUAAUAGAAUUUUAACCUUUACAAGCAUACAAAAUGUUGCGAAAGUUUUCAAAAGAACCGAAGAAAAUGACAAGAAAUGUGACACUUUGACAAAAGCUAUUUAUUUGCGAUUUUGUGAUGAAAAUGCUGGCUAUAUUUCAUUUGCAUUUACAAAUUUUAACAAGUAUGCCUUGGCUUACUAA